AUGAUCCAUCGGCCAUUCAGAACAUCGCCCAUUCAUGAUGCCCAUCGUUUGCAACCUGGAACUUGUCGUUACGGAUCACCUCACUGAGCAACACUGGAUCAUGUAGAUAAGUUUCCCUCGCGUUCGUCGUCCAACAUGACAUCUCUCAGAACCUCGAUGGCCCACUUGGAGUUUGGCCCUUAGGGCUUCGCAGCGUGCUCCUCUGAUUGGUAGAAAUCCCCUCAUGCGCCCGCUAGCUAGAACCUUGCCAGACUCGCGCUCUCCUGUGCCUUUCUUCCUCUUCUCUACCGCUUCCCAACAUUAGCAAGACAGCUAAUCUUCGGUAGAGAACAGUCCGUCCAGCCGUGCCACGUUCGUCUCGUCAGACCUCGUCCGUACCGCCUCACGACCUCUCCGCCCGGACCGUCCGUUGCAACCCAGCCACGUCGACGCUCCCACAGUAGCCCUAGCGGUCGCUACGCCAACCUCCCAAGGUCCUGCAGCCUACAAACAACAUUCACCGCCUCGCGACUUCUCGACCGGGGAGCACUUUGCUACGUCGUCCUGCCUCGCAACCUCCCGAAACGAUCCGGUCCGUGCCGCCUCACGAUUCUCCAGCGACCCCCCGGUCCCAACUUAACACGUUCUUGGUUCGAUGGGUAGGCCGUAACAACACCGACGAUACUUGGAUGUCAAAGCAGUCCCUUCGCCUUGACCAUCCGUCCGUCCUCGACGCCUACUUCGCGCACCUCGAUUGCUCGAACCGCCGCCUCGCCGCACGGUAG